AACAUCAAAACAAUGGCAGCCGCCGCCGACCUCAAACUUGAAAGCUCCAGGCUGGAGGAAAAGGUACGCGGACACUUGUUACCCUGCGAAAUCAAGCACCGUGGCGCCGCCAAAGUGUCGUCCUUCUUCGAGCCUUUCGUCGAGCCCGUGCAAGACUCCAAGGACGUGCUCAAAGCGUCGUUCAGGGGACGACCCCUCAUAGGCCGGCAAGUGCCGGUUCCUCCAGACUUCGCUGGCGUCGUCUUCAAGACAGCAGCCACGGACUCGGAUUCCAAGUCGCUCUACGCUUCGGGCAGGUUCGACGAGUUCGUCUGCUGGAACUGGAGCACGGCCCCUUCGAACAACGACAAGGUCGCGCAACUGGACGACUGGGUCGCGGUGGCGAACGCGCUUCACGCAAACUCUGACGGGUAGCUGUACCCCAUCAUCAUUCAACAUGACAUCGUUUUGUUUCUUCGUG